AUGCCUACAGAAAUUCUAGAUAAGGUAAGUCCAGAGGAAGUACCAGAUAUUCAAAGUAUUGCACCUGAUGCUGAAAUAGGCUAUGCACUUGAAGUUGAUCUAGAAGUUACAAAGAUUCAUAGCACUCUCAAGUUUAGGCAGUCUCCAUGGAUAAAGGAAUAUAUUGAGGAAAAUAUUCAUAAACGCAAAAUAGCCAAGGCAAAUGGAGAUGA